AUGGGGUGGUCGGACAAACGUCAUGUGGAGAACUUGAGUAUCGAGUUUACACUGCACAAGGUCUUUCCAAAUGCGUGUGCUGAGAAUCUGUGGAAUAUUACAUGGCAGAGAAUGAGUACAGACAGCUAUGCGAGCACUUUAAAACACUUGUUGCAGAAAGUAUGCAACGACGCGAUCAUUAUCUACCGAGUCAUCUGUUACCCGGACACUGGCCGAGUUUCAAGAGCUAUUGAAGUCAUUAGUCGAGCGAGGAGAAAACAUGACUUUGUGUACUUUGUACGAACCCUGGACGUCCCUGACGUGAAGCAGCGGGUGUGUGCACCGAACGUCUGGACGCAGUCUCUGACGGUGCUUCGUUUCAUACCGAGCGAAUUAGAUUAUCCUGGUACUGGCUGUAUCGUACAGUACGGAGGAAACUACGCGAAUAUUCCCAAAGCCUGUGUCAAGUACUGGCUUAUGGAAGUUUUGUUUCUGGUGCUGCGUUUUGAGUCGUCAUUGAUCUCGCCCAUGUUUUUGCUCUGCAAUUGA